AUGUCUACCCAAAACACUCUCCGUCGCACCCGUCCAUCAAAUGCAGCCGCUCGGCCUGGCCAGAUAGUGCUUGACGCAAAGAUCAAGAGGCGUACCAAGGCGCAAAAGGCCGCCGACGACCUUGCCCUCAAGGAAGCGCAGGAAGCGCAGGAAGCACAGGAAGAAUUGCUCAACAAAAAGGUGAUCCCCGUUCGGCCCAAGCCAAGGGCUCGCAAGGCGACUAAGCCUGUAGUAAGGCGUGGUGUUGAUCAUACUGAUAACAUCAUUGAGGCUGAUGAGGCAAAUGACCUCCAGGAGGUUGUCGAGACCAUGGAGGCUGUCGGGACCAUGGAGGCUGUCGAGAACAUGGAGGAUGGAACCACAGGAGCAAAAAAGAAGAAGGUAACGAAGAAAGGUGGAAAGGCGCUGAUAAAGGAUGCUAUCAGUAACAUGCAAAAGAAGAUCAACGAACCAUCAUCAAAAUUGGAAGGUGAUAACGCCAAUAACGUGGCACGUGUAUCUGAUGGGAAAGAUACGCCAGCACCGUAA